AUGCCGGCUCAAUACUCGGCCUCCGUCCCUAAUCUCGUCCCCUCUGCUGCAGCUACUUUUACAGAUGCAGCUACUUUUAAAGAUGCAGCUACUUUUAGGGUUGUCAAUCAGUGCACAUACACUGUUUGGGCCGCGGCAACACCUGGUGGCGGGCGCAGGCUUGACCGUGGCCAGACGUGGGUCCUAUCUGUGGGCGCGGGCACAACCACAAGGCGCAUAUGGGGCCGGACCAAUUGCAGCUUCGACGCCAACGGCCAGGGCCGGUGCGAGACUGGCGACUGCGACCUACUCUUGGACUGCUCAAGCUCCGGUAGCCCGCCCAGCACCGUCGCAGAGUUCAACUCGAGCCAGAACGGUCGGGACAUCCUGGACAUAUCGCUCGUCAACGGUUUCAACAUCCCCAUGCAAUUGAGGCCCACCACCGGUGCGUGCAGGGGGAUCAAGUGCUCAGAUGACAUCAACAACCAGUGCCCAGAGGUGCUGAAGGCCCCUGGGGGGUGCAACGAUCCGUGCACAGUGUUCAAGACCGCCCAGUAUUGUUGCAACGAUGCGUCCGAGAGCUGUGGCUCCACUGCUUACUCCCAAUUUUUCAAGGAUAGGUGCCCGGAUGCUUUUAGCUACCCACGAGAUGAUCCAGCAACCUUCACUUGCCCAGGUGGUACCAACUAUACGGUCACAUUUUGCCCAUAAGGGACAAAAUUUUACGUAGAGUAAAAAUAGUGUUGGCCAAUUAAUGAAAGUAGCUCAUGAGCUCAAUUUGUAGGGGUUUUGCCCUUCACUACUUUAAUAGCUUUGGUGACAAUUUAUACGCAACGCAAAUUAAGAUUCCUCUCGUUUAUACC